ACCAGUAGAAUAACUGCAGUCGCUUUUGAUAGCUCAGAAGCGGGUAAACAUUAGAAGAGAAACAUCGCGUUUUCGUUUUAGCGCAUUCAACGUGUUUUUUGUUCCUUAUUUGUUCUCGAUAAAAAAAUAUUUUUUACAUAAGUAAAAAACAGGCCAAAAGACCAAAAAUCGCAAUAAUAUAUAUGUGUAUGUAAAGGUUUAAUAUUAGUUAAUGAGACAAGCAUACUCAUACAUACAUUCGUAUGAACAUAUUCAAGUGUAUAAAGUGUGUGAUUUAAUUGAAAAACUACUUUAUCUCUUGUCUGCUAAACUUGAACAAGCGAUAACUAUUUGUUCACAUUGAACAAUUGAACUGACAAAUGACAAAGUCGAAACUAAAAAAUCACCGCGUAAAACCAAAUUUAAGGUGCACCAAAAGAAAACAAUCAAAUUAAGGUCAUUGCAAGUAUAGAAUAAAAAAACAUAGAAAUAAAAACAAAAAUCGCCAGUGUAAUUGGAAAGUGCAAGUAAAUGCAAAAAUCGAAUUGAAACAACAAAAUAACAAAAGUUAAGCAAAGCGAGCAUAAUUUUUUUACGACAACUGAACUGAACAAGUUUGCUGUGGAGGUGUAUGUGUGUGCGUGUGUACGUGCAAAUUGAAUUGACAGCAGGACGUGUUAAAUAACAGUGUGCAGUGUGCCGGCGGCGGAAGUGCUCUUGAACUUGAUAAUUACAUUCUGUAACACAUACAUACGUACGUAUCUCUGCAUUUUGGAUUUUGAGAGAAUCUGUGUGAGAUUGUGUGAAGGAGAGGACAUCGUACAGAGAAAGAAACACGUUUGCAGGAGUGCGCUGCCGUGCAAUAAGCAGAAAACACAUUUCAGUGUCAAGGAUACCGAAUUUCGUAUAAUUGUUGUCUGAUUUUGUUGUCUUUGCAAAAAAAAAAAAAAGCGUAAAAAACAAUAUGGAUGCACUGGGAGAUUUAUUGGCGCCAUAUAGUGAGUUGAUUGCGAAAGUGGCUGGAACUAUAACAACUUUACAAUUUCUCUCUGGUGUACUUCUCUUGAACGAUAUUCGAAAAAGGGGUCGCAGUGAUGGAUAUCCUCCCGAUCCAUUUCUUGGUGGUGUUGUCCUCUCGAUUCUCACUCUAAAAAUGGGUACACUAAUGGGUGAUUCUGCUACUAUAUUGGUGAACAUUGUAGGCUUCGCCAUUAGCGUAGUUUUCUUGUCAGCAUUCUAUUGGUUUGCGUCCAAUGAUUUCAAAAUGAAAAUUUGGUCGAAGAUUGGUAUUGCCGGAGCUUUUACAGUGGCUUGCUUGACAUAUGCCGCAUAUGAAGACCCACACAAGAUUGAAUUCCGCUUUGGUAUGCUAAUCACUGGCAUAUUAGUAUUUUUGGUUGGCUCACCACUUUUAAGUCUGAAUAAGAUAAUCGAGAAGAAGAGUACUGAGGGUAUGCCUUUUCCCAUUAUAUUAACUGGUACACUGGUGACAGCAUCCUGGGCGUUAUAUGCGAUUUCUAUAAAAAAUCCAAUGAUGGCUUAUCAAAAUUUAUUUUUAUUGGCGCUGGGCUCCAUACAAUUAUCGUUAUUCGCUAUCUAUCCGAACUCGUCACCACUUCCGGAAUCGUCGGUGCAGCAUACGCCAUCAACGUUGGAACACAAAAAAUCCGAAAACAAAACAUCAAUCCCUUCAACCACAAGUGUUGAUAGUAAAAAGAAGAAUUGAUUGAGAUGCUACCUACUUGGUGGAGGAUGUGAAAGUGCCUGUAUGUUAGAGCUGCAGACAUAAAAUUAUAAACAAUAUCCUUCACUAAAUCUAUAUGAAUAAGUUUACAAUAAUAUGCUUGUGCUUUGAACAAUAUAAUUGCUAUGACGCAUUCUACUUAAUAUGCAUUCUUCCAAAUUUGCACAAAGUGCAAGUUACUUGAUAAAUAAAAA